UUGUUACUGCUCAGCUUGCAACCAGAUUGUACAAACUUGAUUUUUUAUUGUGAACCAUUUGAUAUUGAAUGAUUAUUUUUUUAAACGGAAAAUUAGUUCUCAAAAUUUCUAUUAUUGUUUCGUCGCAUGGCCUUUUUGCUUAAUUUUUGUUGUAUUCUUAAAUUAUGAUUCAUUGAAUUGUUGACUUAAAAUUGUUAUCAUCUUCUGAUGGAGGAAAAACAAGAAAGCUCUAAAGGACCUAGUAAUGGUGAUGCUGAAUCUAUCGAGCCUCCAAAUAAAAAAUUUAGAGCAAGUGAUAAUGUUGAUAUUCGCUUAUUGAUCUCUCGUAAGGAAGCUGGUGCCAUAAUUGGUAAAGGUGGUGUUAAUAUAAACCAUUUACGUAAAACUUACAAAUCAAGUGUAACCAUACCAGAUUGCCAUGGUCCAGAGAGAGUUUUGAACAUUCUUAUUUCAUUAGACUCACUCAAUGAUUUCAUGAUGGACAUGAUUGGUUACCUUGAAGAUAAAAGUAAUGACAAGGAGGUUGAACUUAGACUUUUGAUUCACACUUCGAUCGCCGGUGGAAUCAUCGGUAAAGCUGGUAAAAAGAUCCGUGAAUUGCGGGAACAAACUAAAGCUGCCAUUAAAGUUUACAGUCAAUGUUGUCCUAACUCUACUGAAAGAAUAUGUGCCAUUUCUGGGGGUCCAACUGUUGUCGCCAACGCAGUAAAGGUUAUUUUGGAUAUUAUUCUGUCCACUCCCCUCAAAGGCAUUGUCAAGUUAUAUGAUCCUCGAAUGAGUGAUCCAUUUGUUAUCAAUGCUGUUGAUUAUGGUGGUAUAAUUGAUCCUUCUUAUGCUACAAACAUCUAUCGCAAUCUUACCCGAGUUGCAGCCACACCGUUAGCAAUGGCUCGGAAUCGUUUGGGCGAAGUUUGGGAUCCUAGGAAUGCUAUUCAUGUCCCUAUCACAGAUUUGCGAGCUGCAGCAGCUGAUCCUAAAGCAUGGAUUCAAGCCAGUCAUCAGUAUGCUCCCUAUGCACCCCAGAUGGGCCCUGAAGUUACUGGAGCUCCAAUUCCAACCACAACUGAUCUUUUUCAGAGAUGGGUCACUCCUGUUAAAUUUUAAAAUAACACGUAAACAAUAAAAAACCACAACAGAAAACAAUUCUAUUUUUACCGAAUUCACCUCAUCUUGGUCACAAAACUCUUUUUUUCUUCAUUUAUGAUACCUCGCUUUUUGCUAUUAAAUCAUGAAAUGUUGAUCGAGUUUAAAUCCGACUUCUACCUUAAAAGCACCACUUGCUCUUCUACAAUCA